UCAAAAAGCUCCUCCUAGGCCUACCCCUUUGCCUUCUACUUUUCCGCUACUCGACGCCUGCACAAGGCUAAAACAAUUUAACCAUUAUUGGACUCGCUGCGCACUGCGCCCACCCGCGCACUUUAGCACUCUCACCUCUGUAACUUCAAAAGCAGAGCUCUCUUUCUCUCUCACAUGCACUGCACAAACACAUGCUUGCACGCAAUGGCUGAGAAUCGUCUGCUUUCUUUGCUGGUUUUCAUGGCGAUUUGCUUUUGCUUUGCGUUUGACGGUUCGAUUGGAGUUGUUGGACUCACAUUCUCUUCGAAACUGAUUAAUCGUUUCUCUGAUGAGGCCAAAGCUCUGUGGAUUUCUAGGAAUCGUAAUGUGAGUCUUGAUUCCUGGCCUAAAAGGAAUAGUUUUGAGUAUUUUCAGUUGUUGCUUGGUAGUGACUUGAAGCGCCAGAGAAUGAAGCUCGGUUCGCAUAGUCAGUUGCUGUUUCCGGUACAGGGAAGCGAGACUUUCUUCUUCGGAAAUGAGCUUGACUGGUUACAUUACACAUGGAUUGAUAUAGGUACACCGAAUGUAUCAUUUCUUGUUGCAUUGGAUGCUGGGAGCGAUCUGCUGUGGGUCCCCUGUGAUUGCAUACAAUGUGCCCCCUUGUCUGCCGGUUACUACAGUUCUUUGGAAAGAGAUUUAAGCCAGUAUAGUCCAUCCUUAUCCAGCACAAGCAGGCAUCUUUCUUGCAGCCAUCAGCUUUGCGAGUUGGGUCCCAAUUGCAAAAACCUCCAGGAGCCCUGCCCAUACAUUGCUACCUAUGAUGACCCUGCUGCAAAUACUUCUAGUUCUGGAUUUUUGGUCGAAGACACAUUACAUCUGGACUCAGUUAGCGAAAACGCAACCCGGAGAAGGGUGCAGGCUUCAGUUAUUAUAGGCUGUGGUAGAAAGCAAAGCGGUGGCUAUUUGGAUGGAGCUGCUCCUGAUGGCGUUAUGGGUCUAGGACCUGGAGACAUUUCUGUUCCAAGUUUACUUGCAAAAGCUGGAUUAGUUCGGAAAUCUUUCUCGCUCUGUUUUGAUGAGAAUGAUUGCGGGAGGAUUUUCUUUGGUGACCAAGGACAUGCGUCCCAAAAAUCAACACCAUUUGUUCCUAUACAGGGAAAUUAUAUUACUUAUUUUGUCGAGGUGGAGUCUGUUUGUGUUGGUAAUUCUUGUCUUAAGCAAUCUGGAUUCAAAGCAGCUAUUGACAGUGGUUCAUCUUUCACAUUUCUCCCAACUGAAGUUUAUAAUAAGAUUGUAUUAGAGUUUGACAAACAAGUGAAUGCACAGAGAAUUAGCUACGAAGGAGUCCCAUGGAAUUAUUGUUAUAACUCCAGUUCACAGGAUUCAAUUGAUAUUCCUGCCUUGCGACUCCACUUUCUAAUGAACCAGAGCUUUAUAGUUCACAAUCCCAAAUAUUCCAUUUCCCAGAAUCAGAAAUUCACCAUGUUUUGCCUAGCUCUCCAGCCAACCGAUCUCGAAUUUGGUAUUAUUGGACAAAACUACAUGACAGGUUAUCGUGUUGUAUUUGAUAUGGAGAAUUUGAAAUUGGGUUGGUCUAAUUCAAAUUGUCAAGAUGCAAGCGAUAAAACAGAAGUAAAUCUUGCACCACCUCCAAAUGCUAAAUCACCAAAUCCGCUGCCAACUAAUGAGCAACAUAGCAUCCCAAGUAAGCAUGCAAUUGCGCCUGCUGUUGCUGGAAGGACUUCAUCUAAAGCCUCUGCAGCAUCGCAUCAUAUUCCCUCUCUGCUUCAUUUAACGAGUUCUUUAGUUUUGCUGCUGAAUUCGUGUUUGUUUGUUUUGUGGACCUAAUAUCUGUCCCACUCUGUUCUGCUUGUAAAUCCUGUUUAUCCCUGUCAAGCUCAUCCAAUUUCCUCAGGUUUUCAGCAUUACUGAAAAUCAUUCUAUUAGUUGGGGUUGCUAGAGAACAUCAACUAUCUUCUUCACGUAGCUGGUUCAGUUUGCUGCUAACUUCUGUAUUUGCAUGGUAUAUAUUAAUGCUAAUAGUAUAGUUAUCGCUA